UCUUUCAGGCAGCCCCCAAAUAGCUUAGAACAUUGCAAAUCAGAUCUCUGAUCACUCUGGUUUGAGGGAGGUAACUGGGCAGUGGGGUAAUGGCUCUUACAGACCAAUUCAGCGCUGUGCCAGGAAGGAGGAGGGGCAAGGCUGGACUAUGGACUUGGGUGUUACCUUCCUGUUAUUCAUAUAACUUGUGAGGGCAGAAGAAUAAAACAGUCUGUUUUGAUAGAGGAACAACAGGCAAUGGAUCCCAAAGGUUGGCGUGUGGAGCUAAACGAUGGUCACUUCAUUCCUGUCCUAGGAUUUGGCACCUUUGAAGGUGAAAAGGUUCCUAAAAGCAAACCUACGGAGGACAUUAAAUUAGGUAUAGAUGCUGGGUUCAGACAUAUCGAUUGUGCGCAUUCAUACAGUAAUGAAAAGGAGAUUGGACUGGGUAUCCGAAGCAAAAUUGAAGAUGGCACUGUGAAGAGAGAAGAUUUAUUCUGCAGUACAAAGCUUUGGUCCACUUUCCUUCGACCAGAGUUGGUCCAACCAGCCUUGGAAAACUCUCUGAAAAAUCUUCAACUGGACUAUGUUGAUCAGUAUAUUAUUCAUUAUCCAGUGGCUCUGAAGCCAGGGGAGGAACUUUUUCCAGAAGAUGAACAUGGAAAACUGAUAUUUGACACAGUGGAUCUCUGUGCCACAUGGGAGGCCAUGGAGAAGUGUAAGGAUGCAGGAUUGACCAAGUCCAUUGGCGUGUCCAACUUUAAUCGCAGGCAGCUGGAGAUGAUCCUGAACAAGCCAGGGCUCAAGUAUAAGCCUGUCUGCAAUCAGGUGGAAUGUCAUCCUUAUCUCAACCAGAGGAAACUGUUGGAUUUCUGCAAAUCCAAAGAUAUUGUCCUAGUUGCCUAUUGUGCUUUGGGAAGCCAACGUCCAAAACAAUGGGUGGACCAGAGCAGCCCGGUUCUCUUGGAAGAUCCCGUCCUUUGUGCCAUGGCAAAAAAGUACGAACGAUCUCCAGCACUGAUUGCCCUUCGCUACCAGCUACAGCGUGGGGUUGUGGUUCUGGCCAAGUGUAUCAAUGAGAAGCAGAUGAAAGAGAACAUGCAGGUUUUUGAAUUCCAGUUGACUUCAGAGGACAUGAAAGUCCUAGAUGGCCUAAACCAAAAUCUUCGAUAUGCUUCUAUUAAAAUUUUUGCUGACCACCCUGAGUAUCCAUUUUCUGAUGAAUAUUAAUAUGGAGGCCUUUGUCCUGACUUCUACCAGAAGCUCUGCAUGUGGAUAUUGAGGUGGGAACUGUCUCGGAUGUUGGUGAUCACACACAUCUGCAUGGGUUCCAUCCAUGCUGCUUAGCAGCUCAUACUCAGCUAGACUUAAGUGCUUAGGUCAGUAAGGAAAGGCACUCCAUUUUUGUCACUUUCUGUAAAAAUUAAAGAUUUUUACCCCUAAAUUGUUUUACCUACUCCUGUCUCUGUUGAAUAUUUUAUUUCCUUCUGACUCUUAGAGCCAAAAACUGGUUUGCCUGGAUCUUCUGGUGUAAGAAGUGGGAGGGGAUACAAUAAAGACAAUUUUAUAGAUA